CAUGCUGACCAGUGCGUAAAAAUAAUGUCGCGUCUGCGCGCAGCUGACUGAAGGCGGAGGUUUCUCAGACGCUCGCGGCUCGUGUAGUAAUCGCGUCGUUACCAUGGCAGCAGAGUUAGUAAACUCCCCCGUUGCCAUCGGUUAUCGAUCCGCGGAAGAAUCGCUGGCGCGUGACUGAUCUGAGGGAGUCCUUCGGCUUGACGCUCCGCGACGCGGCGCGCGCGUGCGUUACCGGGAGACCGAGAGAGGAUCCGAGGCUCCAGCUGUUCUAGAAUCGAUCGGGACGCGUUAUGGGGACGUUCGGGAGCGCCGCGGCCGGCCUGGAUGAGGAGGAGGAGGAAGAGGAAGAGGAGAAGAAGCGCAGGGAAGUUGAGCGUCUUCCUCCACUGCUCGAGGACGAGGAGAACGUGUCUCUGGCUGAUAUUCUGUGUCUGCGGGAAGGUGGGCUGUCGGAGCAGGAGUUGUGGGCGGUGUGUGUGGAGUGUGUUUGUUCUCUCCAGAGCAUUGGCCUCUCUCCGCUCUUUCACACUCUCUGCGUUACGCCCGACACGCUGGCCUUCAACACUCACGGUAAUGUGUGCUUCAUGGAGCAGCUCAACGAUGAUCCUGACGGCUGUUUUGUUCCCCCAGAGUUUGAUAAGACUGGAAGCACAUUUGAGGGUCACAUGUUCUCGUUAGGCUCCACCCUGUGGGCGGCGCUGGAUUCCGUGUCGGAGGCGGAGCUGCAGGUGGAGUUGAGUGAAGAGAGCAGGUGUUUGCUGAAGCAGAUGCAGCGAGAGAAACCCGAGGAUCGACCGCGACUCCAGGAUAUUGUCUCUCAGGCGGAGGCUGUACUCGGUGACGUCUCGCCUGCGGUCAUCUGCCGGAAACUCUCUGCGAUCGGCCGAAGAGUCCUGUCCAUCGAGUCCGUCGCUGCUCUGCAAGAUGGAUGGGAGAAAUCCCGUUUCCAGUUUCUGGAUCUCAAAGCCUCGAGAUCGAACUCCAUGGAGCAUCCCGCCGGCGAUCGGACCAUGAUGAGAAACUACUCCUCUGAUUCAUACGACGGUGAGGAGCUGCUGCUGAGGCGCAGAGGUCUGGUCUGGUCCGGAGGUUCGGCCGAGCUUUCGCCGGACAGCAGGUCUCAGAACAGUUCUCCGGUGCACAGGAGGAGUCAGGAGAGGAGGCCCGGGAGAGCCAGGAGAGCCCUGAACCGCUCCUGCUCCGUCCCGGACUCCAACAACCCUCCGGCGCUCUGUCCUCCGUCCCACGCACCCAUCAGCAUGAUGAUGGCCGACCUGUCCGAGAUCACGGAGAAGGAGAGCUGGAGCGGGAGCCUGCGGCGGCCCAAACCCAGGGAUUCAGACUCGGAGGGAGAGGAAGAACCCGACGCAUGCGAGACGGAUCAGACUGAAGCUGCGGGUGAUCAGACUGAAGCUGCAGGUGCUCGAAGCCCC